AUGCCGGACUUUACUGGACUCGAGCUCACGGGCAAAGUGGCCAUUGUCACGGGUGCUUCCCGGGGAAUUGGCGCUGGAAUCGCAGUCCUUCUGGGCAAGCGAGGUGCCAAUGUCGUAGUCAAUCACGUAUCCCCAGGGACCCGUGAGCGUGCUGAAGCUGUCGCCAAAGAGAUCGAGGCAAACGGCACCAAGGCCAUUGUUUGCCAGGCUAAUGUCAGCAAGCUCGACGAGAUUCCCAAGCUGAUUGAGGCUGCUCUCAAGAUCAGCACCUCGGGCAAAAUCGAGAUAUUGAUUCACAACGCCGCUCUUGGCAAUGAAGCCAAUCUUGUAAACACAACCGAGGAACUGUACACCUCACACUUUGAUGCCAACGUCAAGGGGCCCAUCUUUUUGACCAAGGCGGCUGAGCCGCAUCUGCCCAAGGGCGGACGCAUCGUCUUCAUUUCUUCCGCCGGCGCUCGUUUGGGCGUCGCGGGUCAGACUGUAUACGCUGCUACCAAGGCCGCCGACGAGGCCUUGGUGCGAGUUUGGGCCAAGGAGCUGGGCCAGUCGCACGGAAUCACAGUCAACUGCGUCAACCCCGGACCAGUUGCCACAGAUCAAUGGUUCCAAAGCGACGAGCAAUUCCUCAAGGACAUGCAGCCGCUUAUUGACGAGACACCUGCUGCUGCGCGUGUGGCCGAGGUGGAUGAUAUUGCUCCGUUGGUUGCAUUCCUCUGUUCUGAUAAUGCAAGAUGGACUACGGGUUCGGUGCUUUCAGCCAAUGGUGGAUUAUAUAACUAG